CUCCUUUUCUUUUACUUUCUUAAUCUCAUGAUGGAUCAUACCCUCUCUGGCUGGUUAUUCAAGCUAUCCACCACAAAUAAGCUUGGUUCUUCUAAAUGGCAGUCAAGGUACUUUGUUUUGCUUGAUACAGAAUUAAGAUAUUACAAGCACGAGCAUUCUGUGGAUCCUUCUUGUGCAAUCAGCCUACAUGAAGUGUCAAGAGUGGUCAAGACGAGCACAUUCAAUCACAAUUACUGCUUUAAACUUGAGACUACUACAAAUUACCAACAACGACAUACAAAGCGUCAAAAGACUUGGACUAUGGAAUGCCACUCAGAAUAUGAGCUUGAUGUAUGGCUUCAAGUCAUCAAUACACGAUUAACAAAACUUCGACAAUAUCAUUCUUUACCAUGUCCAUCCAACGUCAAGCCAAGAUCGUUUAAACGGUCAAACUUAUCCAUUUCCCGUAGAAGAGGGGUCGUACUUUCUCCUUUAGAGUUUGAAUCAAUGCCGGUCCUUGAUCAUGAAACACUUUCUUCCUCUUCAUCCUCAAAAGCGUCCACUAUUCCCUCACCCAACAUAAAUACGUCAGAGACGUACGACAGCAUUAUCCAACAAGGAUGUGAGAAUCAGGCAGCCAAUUUUAUUAUACAGCAUGACUACACGCCAUCUUCAAAACAAUCUCUUAUUUAAAAAACAUAAACCUGGUGUUUAUCUUGAUAAAUAUAUGUAAAUAAACUUCUCUUUCUAUUGUAUAAUUU